CGAGCGUCGCCAAUCAACAGUUCGACGCGGUUUCGGGCGGCCUAAAAGACAUCGCCGAAAAAACAGCGGGGAUUAGAGUCCCUUUAAUUUGGCAUAUCGCGAGAGAAAAAAAUUAGAGAACUUUUUUGGCGGAUUGAAUGGUGAUUCUGUGAAAAUCGGUGAGGAGAUGCGAAUGAUGGGACUAUCGACUCUUAUAACAUGGGUAAUACUGGUUAUAUUUUUCGUGGAAAACCUGGCCUAUGUUGUUAGACAAGAUGACGCAGAGUAUGGUUUAGAUAGUUCAGAUCAUAUCUCGGACGACGGUAACAACCAUUUAAAAGUUGAUCAACCAAAUCCAGAACUAAACGAGGAUAAAGUGAAGGAAAUGAGUAACGUCUUAGCUAAGCUGCUACUGUUACCCUGGCCGCAGGGAGCUAGCCCGCUCCUUUACGUGGAAGAACCUCACGAAUCAAUCGACGAGCUCCGACAAGAAAUUUUUGAUCAAGCCGAACCCAACGACAUCGUCAACGAACAAGAAAUACGACCCAUAGCGCCUAAACGGUCGAAAUAUUACCGAAAAUAUCCAUGGAAAAGACAGAAUAACAGAUACGAACCCGCUUACAUGUGUAUCCCGAAAAAGGACGACGUCUUCCGACUAUUGGUAGCCCUGCACAGCGAACGCAACGGAAAGAGGGGCCAGCUAGUCGACUUUUGCAACAGGAAAAGACCCGCAUCGCUCGUUUUCACCAACAUUCGAUUCGUUGGUUGAACGUAUUAGUCGCCCACUACUGUCCCCUUACUUUCGACAUGACUGAGUAUUCUAAACAGUAUUUAAAUUACUCCUAAACGUGCAUAAUUUAUCUGUAUAUGAUUAACGUUUCUUGCAUUUAUAAUUGUUUGUUAACGUUAAUAAUAAUUAUUUACUGAUUCCGUAUACAUUUCGUUAGUAAUAUUGAUUUUAUUUAGUAAAACCUAUAUAGGGGAUUGACAGCUAUGGCACGUUAGACGUUUAUGGAGGACCAGUAAUAGAAAAAAAUAAAAAGAAUAAAAUUUUGCUUUUUAAAUAAAGGUACCUCCUCCACCUAGCUAAAACAUCUUCAGCGUUACAAUGUUGCCGCAUAAUUUGAAAAGUGGUAGCAACUUUCUUAUUUUAAAUGGAACGCCCGGUAUAUAAUUACAUUUUUUGGAAACUACCUUUCAUAUCUCCAUAAUUUUUUUAUUAUACUAAUAUACCUAUCUCUAACAUUUUUUGAGAUAAUAAAUAAAGUAUGUGUAAAAUUGACAAAAACAUGAUCUUGAAUAAGCAUUGGUAAAAUCAUGAACUGAACAUUUUAAAAGUUGAAAUUUGGAUUAUAAAUUAGCAAAAGUCGGUAUAUUCGAUCUGUCUAGGAGCUGAUUUGAUAUUACAUAGGGAGAACAAAACAUUAUUUAUGUCCUUUUGUUAUAAAAUUAUUAUUUUUUUUAAAAUUCAACACUAUGUAUAUUAUUUAAAGAAUCAAAAAACUAAUAAAAUAGCUUUUCAAUCAUAUUCCAAUAUCUAAACUUUCCGGCUUCUUAAUUAGAUCUUCUUAAAAACUAAUAAUUAUAUGAUUAUAGUCUCAUUUAAAGAAUUUCGUUACCAUGGCAAUUUUAGAAAUUUGGCAAGUAAAGUCUAAUCGAUACUUAUAAAGUUUGAGUAUUUGUCAAGGUAUCGGUGUUCCUUAAACAAAACAACUUCAUAUAGAAUUAUAAUCAUUUAAAUGGCUUUACUGAAGAGAUCGAGAAGAUAUCGUUGAAAAGCAGUUUUAUUUAUGUUUCACUUUUUUAAAUAAUAUACAUAGGCUUGAAUUUAAAAUAACGAUGAUUAAAGCGAUUUUAUGACAAACAGAAAUAAGUUUUCUUUUUUUAUCUCCCUGUUUGAUAUCCAAUCCAAAGUUGAUUUAGGCAGAUCGAACAUGUCGACUUUCCUUAACAUAUAAAACCAAAUUUCAUCUUUCAUUAUGCCGAAUUUAUGAUUUAACCAACACUUAUGAUGUUUUUGUCAAUUUUUCGCAUGUUUUAUUAUUCGUCUAAAAAACUAUUAGAGAUACUGUUCAAUUUGCGAAGUUUGAAACUUUCGUCAUCAUUUUCGGCGCCAUAUUGGUUUUCGUGUAUUUCCUGACUUGAUCCGUGAGUUGUUUAUAUAUCUGGUUGUAAACUAACAAUAGCAAACUUAAUAACAAAAUAUUAAACAAUGACAAAUUUAUCAUAGCCUAGUCCUAUCAUAGUCCUCUAAUAAUAUAUUCAUGGAUCUUAUAAGCAGGAAUUCCACGGAACAAACGAAUGGUGUGACUUGUUUUGCUGCUUUUUAUUCUUUAUUAUUCUUUAUCUUUCAAUAUUCACGAUUCCAUUACUCCCAAACGAUUACUCCCCAUAAAACACGUGAAUAUUUUCGAUUUAGUUACAAAACAUUAACUCGGUAGUUGUCCAAUUACAUCGUAAACAGCCGACACAGGUAAAAGGGGUUUUCCAGCUUCUUUUUAGCGUUUGAAAUACUCGAUAACUUUUAAUAUUAGCCGUUGUUCUUUUUCACUAACACAGGAUGGAAUUUUAAACACAAAUAACUAAAUAAACACAGAAAAUCUCACAAAGAUAUACGGGAAACUAUCGGACUCGUUAAAAUUUAACAACUUUGACAGUUGGCGAUUCGUUUUGUUCGAUUGCGGCGGGUAAUACAAAUACGACGUUUGCCUUUUUCUAUUCGUGCACAUUAGAGAAGGAAGUACGAUUCUUUAUACGUAAUGAAGGUGAGCCGUAUGUAAAAAAAAAUAAUCGUACGAUGUAAGAAAUAUAAUGGACUUAACGUUUUUGACGCAAAAUUUCCAUUUCAUGUGAGUAACAUGGAUAAGAGAGAGAAUGACAAUCUGUGAUAAAAGAUUCAAGCUUGGCAAAUUGAACAGUAGGUUGGGUUGGUAGUUAAUAAGUUAAUAGUUAAUAUAAUAGAAUAAGUAUUAAAUAGUAAGUUAUAAGUUAAUAUAAUAGAAAAAUUAUGAAAUAAGUUGUAGAUAAAAGAAGUUUCGAAAAAUGUAAUAAUAUACCGGGUGUUCCAUUUAAAGUAACAAAGAUGCUACCACUUUUAGUACUAAUGCUGGAAAUAAUUUAGACAGAUAGGAGCAGGUGCCUUUAUACAAAAAUCCUAUCACCUCCAUAAAUGUUUAACGUGCCAUCGCCCUGUAUAAAUCUUUCUUUAUGCAGCAUAAAUAAUUUAAAUAAGAUGUACGCAUUCAAUGUGUCAAAUUGUAGUAACUUCGAUUCGGUUGCUGAACAUAUUAAUUCCCACUACUGCCUUUUUUCUUUCGACAUAACUCCUCAGUAUUCUAACCAGUAUUUAAAUUAGUUUUUAUAUUAAACGUGCAUAAUUAAUCUGUAGGUGAUUGAUAUUUCUUGUUCAGUUGGCAAUUAAAAGUGUUUGUUACCAGCCACAAUAGUAUAAAGUUAUUUAUUAUUCAUUGAUCACGUUUUCAUACAUAUUUCUUUGUUAUUUUUUGUUAAUAUUUUUUUUAUGUUUUAUUAAGUAAACCUAUUUUUAAUAAAUCAUUAAUAUAUUUAAUUAAAUGUACACAUUCAAUGUCGAACUGUAGUUUCAUAAAAUCUAGUUAUAAUAAAAUUGUUGCAGUACAUAAUUAAUUAAUUAAAAGACUAAAAUAAAUGUAUAUUUAUGGCUAUUUAUCUAUUUUUAUCUUAUAAUUAAAACGAGCUAUAAGUAAUUACAUCACUUAUACCUAAGACUUUCUAUGUACUGUCAUUUACAUAUCAAAUAGCAUUGUAACUCAUAUAAAGUCAAAGAACGAUUGAAAAAAAAAAUUGAUUUUAUUAAGCGGGACUUGCAAUAGUUGUAAGGGCUACCAUUAGUUACAGCGUUAUUUGAAAUCUAAGAGAUUAUAUUGAUAUAAGAAAUAGUAAUUUAGCAAAUUAGAAAUAAAUAUUUUGUGAAAACAUAUUUUAUGGAAAAUGUUAAUAAAAAUUGAAAUCUCACAUUAAA